CUGUUGAUGACAUCACAUCAUCACCUUUUUUUCACUGUGUACUCACUCACACACACGCGUUUGUCUAUUUUUCUUGGUGUUCCUUAAAAAAAGAAUCGACUUUUCCAGUAACUUUUGUUGUCGAGUGUUCAAGACAAAGGCUUCUGAUUGUCUUUGGCGGCGAGGACGAGGAAAGCAAAGCAAAGCAAAGCAAAGCAAAGGAAACUCCACCGGCUCCGAGGCACUCGCUUCCUGUCCGCGCGGCCGAGCGAAACUCGGUCGAUUGUGGGGGGCGGCCUCCCCACCGCCACAGACCUCUUCAAAAGGGCGCGCUCUGCGUUUGCACCUUUGCACACAUUCACCACUGCCAAGAAGUCGUCUUUAUCUUUGUCAUCUUGUCUUAUUUUCUUGUUCUGUGUACAUUUCACAGGUCUUGAGACUUAUUGGCCUCAUCUGGGUCAUGUUGCUGCAACAUCUUGUGUAAAUGUGUGUUGGUAUCUGAACGCAUCACGUCACCCGACAGCCCUUCAAGGUAUUCUGUAACAUGUCGCCGGUUGUGACGUCCGCAACGAUGAAACAGUAAAGGAAGAAAAGGAACAUUUGGGAUGAAAGAGCAAAGGGGCGUUUAUGCUGGAACGCCGGCACAAGUCGGGCGUCUGCGUGCGUGCGGAGCGCUCGGGGUGAGUUGCCGCCAGCCAGCCAGCCAGCCAGCGCUCGUGGCAAUGAAGCGGCGGAAGUGCACCGGCGUCGCGAUACGAACGUCAAAUUCCAUUUCUGACCACUUCAAAGUACACCACACCCAAAUCAAGUCAUAUCGACAAUAUUCCAUGACGCCUCGUUAUCCGUCCGUGUUCCGAUCCGCUUCUCCUCACGGGGCCUAUCCCGGCUGACUCUGGGCGAGAGGCGGGCGACACCCCGAACUGGUCGCCGGCCAAUGGCAGGGCACAUACAAACAAACAGACAAACCAUUCGCACUCACGUUGACACCUAUGCGGGCAAUUUGGAGACUUCAAUCCACCUGGCACGCCUGUUUCGGGGAUGUGGGAGGAAACCGGAGUGCAAACUGCACACAGGCGGGGCCGGGAUUUGAACCCCGGUCCUCAAAACUGUGAGGCAGAUGUGCCGGCGCAGUGUAGCUCUUCCACAUCUGAUUUGAUGACAAUUGAAGUCUUACGAUGCCUGUAACACACGUGUCGUGACUGAUGAUACGAAGAAACACUGAAGCGUUCCUGUUCUUGCAGGUCGUGUCGCUCAACAACGGGAAGUCACCGAUGUUUGGCUUUGAAGCUUUUAUUUUGAAAUGUGGAGAUUCCGGAAGUAGUGCGCGUCGCGUUUGCCGCGGCGGGAGGGAGGCGUGUUGACGUCCAAAAUCCGAGCGCUCAGAACUCGCAGAACCCGAGUCGGUGUGGCUGCGGAUCGACUUGCGCGUCCGGGCUCAGUCUGCGAGCAGAUCGGGCGAACCGGGGAAGAGGAGCAGCGCGAGCACGAUCGGACUGAAGCAGAAGGAGGUCCCAGUGCCGAUGGGUCACCGCGGCUGGUAAUGACGCUGUGAUGGCAUCAGGAGAUGCCGCUGGCGAUGGUCGUCAUGGCGACGCUGGAUGCUAACACGGCAGUGGAAACGCUUCUGGACGCCAUCCAUCUGGAGAGGUACCACGCCUCCUUCCAGAGAGCCGGCCUCCUAUUGGCCGCCGACGUGGUCCACUUGGAUCACGACGCGCUGGUCAGCUUGGGAAUCACGGCCACCGGGCAUCGCAAACGGAUCCUGAGGCUUCUGUCGUACGUCCAGAGGCGGGUAGCUCAAGUGGCCGAACGACACCAUUCCGUGACGGACCUACCGUCGUCUCCGUCGCCGACGUUGUCGCGAGCUCGCUGCGCCUCGGGAGCGUUGAGGAACAGCUCGGCUCCCGACCCGGCUGCCAUGCUGAAGCCGGUGCCCAAACCAAGAACCGUUUUUAACCGGCGGCGCACCGCACCGGUUCACUUCCGUCCUCCUGCGCCGGACGUGGUCCUGUCCCCCCACAGGAGGCUCUCCCAGGAGUCCAUCUGUUUCCCGCUUUUAGACGCCGUCAACUCACCUUCGCCCACGGCGAAGCAGACGCCUGUCGGCAGGUCAGGCAUCUCCUUACCGCCCGUUCCCCCGAGGGUCACCCGUAUGGUUGAGCUCGCAGCGUGCCCGUUGCCUUCGUCUCAUGCGCAAGCGUACUGCGACCAACCACUUCCUGCUCCUCUUUCUGCCGCACUUCCGGCUUCCUGGUCACCUUCGUCUCCUGGUCACCAUGACGACAGCAGGAUGUCCGUAUCCUCCCGGUGGUCCGGAUCGGGCCUCGGUGAUGGCGGUAGGAUGGAGAUGAUCUCCAAUGACAUCUACUGGGGCACUGCGGCAUCUGCCCCUCCGCCGCCGCCGCGACAAACAGCUGACGGGAAACAGAGGAACCAGAUAAAUAGUGGCGGCACGUCAAGCAACAACUCGUCGGGAUCGGUCAGAGAUGACCCAACUGACCUUGAUGAUGUCAUCAGUCCCUACUCCGAAAGCCCUUUCCAAAGAGGCGGAGUCAUCACCCCCGCCAGCGAGAAUGAUGCGAGACGAGACGGAGAAGCCAGGAGGUGGGAAUGGCAGCGCGCUGAGGAUCAUGGCCCCAUGCUGGCCCCGGACGGCGAUGAGGACCAGACCAUCUCACCGUACGCCAGCUACACGUCCCCCGGUGACAGGGCCACGCCCAUUAUCAGCGGAUGGCUGGACAAACUUUCACCGCAGGGGAACUAUGUUUUCCAGAAGCGCUUUGUCAAGUUUGACGGAAAAAAUCUCAUGUACUUUGGAAAUGAAAAGGAUGUGUACCCGAAAGGAGUCAUCCCAUUGGCUGCCAUCCAGAGGGCCCCCGCCUCCAAAGACAACAAAUUUGAAAUAGUGACGAGUCAGCGGACCUUUGUUUUUAAGGCUGAUAAUGAAGUGCUGAGGCGGCGUUGGGUUUCUACACUGCAGGACCACGUCCGAGACCAACUGGUGUUCGGGCGGCGCUGGUUGGGUCCUGGUCCUCACUGUCAGAAACACGGCUUCCUGGAGCUGAAAGGAACCAAGUCCAAAGUUUACGUGGCCAUAAACACAGAGCAGAUUUGGCUCCACAAAAGCCAACAGGUGACGUCAACGGAACACCUCAACGCCUCGUGUUUUCGUACUGGGAUCGGCAUCACGAUGAUCGAAGCCUGCGGUGCCACCAUCCGAGACGGGAAACACAAAAAUUUUGACCUCAUCACGCCCUACAAAACCUUCAGCUUCACGGCAGACUCGGACCGGGAGAAACGGGACUGGAUGGAGGCGCUGCAAGAGGCCAUCACAGAGACCCUGUCGGACUACGAGGUGGCCGAGAAGAUCUGGUCCAACCGCUCCAACCGGACGUGCGCCGACUGCCGGGCCGUCAACCCCGACUGGGCCUCCAUCAACUUGUGCGUGGUCAUCUGCAAGAACUGUGCCGGUCAACACAGAGGUCUGGGCACUAUGGUUUCCAAAGUCCAGAGUGUGAAACUGGACACCAGCGUGUGGAGCAACCAGAUCGUGCAGCUCUUCAUCAUGCUGGGUAACGACUGCGCUAACGAGUUCUGGGCUGCCCACUUGUCCCAGUCGGACGAGCUGGCCUGCGACGCUUCGCCAAGUCAGAGGCGAGAGUUCAUCGGUCAGAAGUACCGAGAAGGACGCUUCCGACUGGACCAUCCCGCUUUCAGCAGCCAGGAGCAGCUACUGAAGGUCUUAUGUUGUGCGGUCUCUGAACACACACUCCUCAAAACUGUUACUCACAUCUUCUCUGAAGCCAGAUCCAAUCACCUGACCACCACCACUCACGGACAUCAACCAACCAGAGACCUGCUAGAUCACUACCUCACCUCGGAUCCUGGCGUCUAUGAUGAGAUCAUGAAGACAGUUCUUCAUUCGGGCUUCCUCUUCAGGUCCAAUUGCUCGAGCAGAGGGACGCUGUCCCGCCGAUCUCGAGAAGCAGACUUCCAGAAGUUCUGGUGCUCCAUGGAUCAGUCGCUGCUCUUCUACCAGUCGGAGCGGUCGGCAGAAGCAUGCAUGGAGAUCAGCCUGAAGGACGUCGUGUGUUUGGGAGUCAGCCGACCCGACUCGUUCAACAGUAACUGCUUUGUGGACAGGUUCCGGUACACCUUCGAGUUGUAUCUGACCUCAGACAAAGUCUAUCAGUUUGGUGUGGAGACGGCCGAACUUCUCCACGCCUGGACCAGUGCAAUCGGGAAGGCCGCAACGCCGAUAAGCUGUCACUGUUUGCUGACUCGGGAGUUCGAACGCAUUGGACGACUGCGGUACCGAGCCAUGCUGGACCCUCAGCAGUGGAAGGAGGCACACUUUGUCCUGCAGAAGUCCAACCUCUUCAUCUGUCCCCAAAAUGACGGCGCCGCAGAAGACAUCAUCAACCUGAAGCGUCUUCAGGAGCUGAGUGUCACUUCAGAAAGCCAGAACCAGGAGAAGAAAGACAUCCUCGUUUUGGUGGAGAAGGGGAGGACGUUCCACCUGCAGGGUGUUGGCCGCACCGACUUCAGCUUGUGGUGCUUGGACAUCCAGCGGGCCAGCGGCGGCAAGGGGAACGCCCUGCAAGAGCAGCAGCUAAGCAGGAACGACAUCCCCAUAAUCGUGGACAGCUGCAUUGCCUUCGUCACACAGUACGGUCUGGGCCAUGAGGGGAUCUAUCGCAAGAAUGGAGCCAAGUCUAGAAUCAAACUUCUCAUGGAGGAGUUCCGAAAAGAUGCUCGCAACGUCAAACUACGCAUUGGAGACCACUUCAUUGAGGAUGUAACGGACGUCCUCAAGCGCUUUUUCAGGGAGAUCGACGACCCAGUCUUCAUGGCUGACCUCCACCCGCUGUGGCAGGAGGCCGCUAAAAUCCAGCUGAAAGGUUCGAGGUUAGACCACUACAAGGAGAUCAUCCGGACUCUUCCACGGGUCAACAGGAUGACUCUGGCUGCACUCAUCAGUCACCUCUACAGGGUCCAGAAAUGUGCCGACCUGAACCAGAUGUGUACCAAGAACCUGUCGCUGCUCUUCGCUCCCAGCCUCUUCCAGACGGACGGCAAAGGAGAACACGAAGUGAAGAUCAUCGAAGAUCUCAUUGACAACUAUUUGUACGUCUUCGAUAUCGAUGAGGAGCACCAGAAUCAGAUGGAGUUGGAGAACAGCCUCAUCACCUCCUGGAAAGACACUCAGUUGUCUCAGGCGGGUGAUCUGAUCAUUGAAGUCUACUUGGAGACGAAGAUGCCAGACAGCUGCAUCACCCUUAAAGUGUCACCCAGCAUGUGUGCCGAGGAGCUGACCAAUCAGGUCCUAUACAUGAGGAACAUCCCCGCUGGAGACAAAGAUGUCUGGAUGACAUUUGAGGUUAUCGAUGACGGACAGCUUGAGCGUCCAUUGCAUCCCAAAGAGAAAGUUCUGGAACAGGCACUGCAGUGGUGCAAGAUGGCCGACCCGAGCUCCGCCUACCUGGUAGUGAAGAGGGUCCCGAAAGGCGACGGCAUCAACAUUCUCACCUCCUACAAGAGUGACCUGAUGAAGGUUGGUGUGCUGAGGUGUCGCGAGGAGCCCCCCAAACUGCUUCAAGGGAACAAAUUCCAGGAGAGAAGCUUCCAGAUCAAGAAGAACAAACUACUGCUGCUCAAAGACAAGAAGAGCUUGAAAGCAGAGAAGGAGUGGUCUAUGAAGACCAUGAAGGUCUACAUAGGGGUCCGCAGGAAACUCAAAGCGCCGACGAGGUGGGGCUUCACUGUGAUGUCACACAAACAUCAGCUGUUCCUAUGUUGCCCGAACGAGGCCGACUUGUGGGACUGGGUCAGCAGCUUCCUCAGAGCUCAGAACGACGAGCCGGGCCCUCCCGUCCUCAGACGUCACUCGUCGUCCGACAUCGCCCGGCAGAAGUUCGGCACCAUGCCCCUGGUGCCCAUACGAGGAGACGAGAGCAACCACGGCAUGCUGUCAGCCAAUCAGACGCUGAGGAAGCUUCACGACCGCAGGACGCUCUCCAUGUUCUUUCCGAUGAAGGUCCAUCAGGACCGCGUGAAGGAGCGUUCCGAGUCUCCGGAGCCGCUCUACGAGGAGGUGGGCGACUUUGGCCUGCAGGUGCUCAAAUCCCUGGAGAGCAGCUUCCUGUCCGGGGGCGGCGGCGACACGCGCGAGCUCCGAGACCCGCCUGAGGCACGACCGCUUCCCGCCCCGCACCCGGCGUCUCGUCCUCAGGCCGCGUGCACGCCGUCUCAGGAGCUCCUCCUACAGGAACUGUCCUCAGCUUUCGGCGGGAAGGCGGACCGAGACGAAGAUGAGGAAGAGGAGGAGAGCAGAGUCGAUUGAUUGACACGAUAUAAAUGUCAAAUGCAUGUAAUGACAGAUGGACGCCUGCGGGUGGCACUGCUGUGCCAGCAAUGUACACGCUUACCCUGUGGAAUUUAACACGCACACACACAUUUUUCAUGUGGACUUCCUGUCAACUUUUUGGAUGAAAGGGUGAUUGUCAAAAGUAGCGACCAUGUUUUGUGUAAUUAAAGUCGUCGUGGUUGAACGGA